AUGGGUUGUGGAGCGAGCAGUGGCGCCGGAAGGCAAGCUGUGUCUCCUCAGAUGCCAGGAUCUGUGCCAAAGACGACUUUCGAUAACUUGCUGCCCAGUGGAAACAAGAAGCCAAUGGUGGUGGCAUGCUGCCUUUUAUACCAAGCAGAAGCUGGUCCUCCGGCAAUGGCCAGGCUAGAGGCAAAAGCUCGUCUUCUCCGGCAGCGGCAGGCUAGAAAAGGGACCUUCGCUGGCCAGGUGCUUCCUGCAUUCGCGAACCGCGUGGCGGUGGAUGUGGAGUGCUUGCAAGACUGGCGCAGCAUGGACACGGCUACUGAAGGCCGGAAUUGCUUGCUCCGAGCUCCCAUGCCCCCAGAUCGAGACACCCACCUGAAGCACCUUCGCCGGAUGGACGUGCUUCGUGCGGAGGUUGGGCUGAAUCCGAAGCUGUUCUCCGAAAUAGUGUCGAGCCGGCGAGAUGGUUUGGGUGCCAGCAGUAGUUCUUCCAUGGACCUGGGCAGCGAUUGUGAUUAG